UCGCUGAAUCAAAAAUCUAUGAGAAUUAAAUGUCAAAGCUCAAAAAACAGACAAUUAAUCGUCAAAGCCCUAAAACAGACAAUUAAUCGUCAUAAUCGCAAUGAUUUAUUAGACAAUUAAUCGUCAAUCAAAUAUCAUAAUACCACAGAUUUAGACAGAGUUGUGAACAAUAUUUGAGAGAAAUAGGCCUUUUGUGUACAUAGAAAAAGUCUUAGAUCUUUGAGUUCAGCUCAUGAAAAAUGGGGGAAAAAACAAAAUGUUCAUACACUGAACAUAAUUUUGUUCAGUAUAUGACUAAAAAUGUAACUUGUUCAUUGGUUUACGCAUUUUUGUGCUUGGACACUGGAUGCAUAAGCCAGCGCCGCGAGCGAGGAUGAUGCGCGCAUUUCUCUCUGUCUUUCGCAAAUAUAACUUAAGAGUGCGAGAAACGGGAGAUGGUGAGAAAGUGCCGUAUCCAGCGUUUUAAAUAUUAAUGGCCCCUUAAAAAUACACACCUUCCGCAAGCAUAUCUUUUCUGGAGGGAGUGGAGGGGACAUGUACCACCCGCAAAUUACGCCUAUGCCAAAAUUAGAUACCAUAUAAUACCACAGCAAAAACUAUUGACCUAACAAAUAUAAAGUUCAAACGUUAUUAAAGACAAGUAAACAGUCAAGAACUAUCUCUCUCUUUCGGGUUGCUCCCAUUAUCAGGGGUCACCACAGCUGUUUUACGCUGCAUGCAGUCAGUAAAUAAGAACUAAUGAGAAAAAGACAAGCUAUAGCACAUAAUAUAAAUAAACAGAAGACAUUAAACAUUGCUUUAGGUUUUUAAGCUUAAUGGUGUUCAGAUACAGAUAUAAUCAAAUGCAAUAAUCAAAAUGCAAAAUAAUAUUUUCAGAUAACAGAAUGCAUAUUCUUCACUGUGUUAAAUAUAAAAAUGACAACUGACUGUUUUUCAGGAUUCUCGUCAAGUCGGGUAUUUUUGACAUAGUUCUUCUGUAUGUAUUUGUCCCUUCAAGCACAAGAAGAAACGGAAAGAAAGGAAGAGAGGUCUGAGGCGCGACCUGAUCGAGCAAGUCACAAAUCCGUCUGAAAAAACUGUCUCGAGCGUCUUUCACACUGGCACACUAUUAAGCAUGCAGAAAUUGUUAGAUCUAGGGGACGAAAUAAGCUUAUGCAGUUUACAUAUGAACGCGACCGGAGAUGAACAUAUAGGCUACUGAAAAAACAUUUCUGCUUUAACAGCCACAAGGCCGUGCCAAACACGGUGUGUGUUACAAGUCUGGAAUGGUGAGAAUUGAAAACAUUGUGCUUUGUACGUUUUUUGUCUUUAAACCAACCGUUUAGGUCUUUAGCCGUUAAGUUUAAAUCAUGUCUGGCUAGCGCGCGGAGAGUAAAUCCUUACCUUCUACUGUAAUUUACACCAAUUCUUCAUUUCACAUAGUUUGCUGGUCAAAAACAUACACAAAGAACGUCACGUAAACAAUUUAUUUGCAAUGCUUUCAUGUGCUAAUAUUAUUUUAAAAUAAUUUGCUAGCUAUCAUUUGCAGUAAGUUAGCAUUUUUAUAGAAAAUAAACAUUGCAGUACCCCAACUUAAACUUUCGCAAAGAUAUAAUUAAUGAAUGAAAUCCAGUUAAACAAGACUGAUUUUACUGACCUGAUCCUUCUGCUCGCGAUGAACUUCCAUGGUACACAGACAGUACAGUACACUGUCACGAAGCGGUUAGCAGCUGUUCAGCUAUAGCGCUCAGACUGUUUGCAUCAGCGUAUGACAUCAUAUUAAUGCGAGAUUAAUGUCUCGCGUUACUUUCAGCGCAUACGCUAAAUGAUCUGCGCAGCACUCUGUAAACUCCGACACACAUCUUAAAACUUCUUUGCGCAACAGAGGUGGCCAGAUAGGUGGCCAUCCAUCAUUCCGGGGUAGCCGUGGCCAGCCAUGGCCACCAUGUAGCUACGCCUCUGUCUACACCACAAACACAAUCCGGUCAAGUGCGUUUUCGACUUCUUCUGGAAGUGUUAUAAAGUCAGCAAGCUCAAAACGUUUCACACCCUGUUUACACCUGUAUUUAAGGUCGUCCACUUGUGAUCCGAUCGACCAAAACAGGCCCUGAGAGUACAGGCACUUCAUGGGAUAAUAAGAUUUCACCCCUAGAUCCGCCACGGCUCCGAAUAACCACAAAAUACGUCCACAUAACAGUGUUUUGCAUUUGAUACGUAGGCCUAUAGGUAACACACACCUACUGUCUCUGAAAUCAUCGCUUGUGCUGUGUAUUACAGCAAAUACUUCCAUGUAAACGGGAGCAAAGAAGUGUUGUCAUGUAAUUUAUUGGUUUAGCUCCUCAGUACUUGAAUGAACUCCUCUUGUAUUACAGUCCUUCACGUGCUUGUGAAGGCUUGUGCAGAGGCAGCAGCUUUUGCCAGAGGGGAACUGGAAUCCCCUGGUUGGGCCUGGGUUCUCCUGAGGUUUUUUCUUGAUUAGAGUUUUGGGUUCCUCGCCACCGUUUGCAUACUGUUUUUUGCACUAUUUGCCUGGCCGGGGGGGCUGCUUCAGAAUUAGAAUUUUAAAUUUUUACUUAAUUAAUAUUGCAUAUAGGAAUUUAUAGUCUGUUAUAUUUGACCUGUGCUUCUCUCUCCUGUGCAUGUCUGUGUGUGUGCGCAUACUUGUCUGUGUGUGUGUGUGUGUGUGUGUGUGUGUGUGCGUGCGUGCGUGCGUGCGUGCGUGCGUGCGUGCGUGCGUGUGUGUGUGCGCGUCCAUGUGUGCGUGUCUAUGUGUGUUAGUACGUGUGCAUAUUGUGUGUGUGGAGUGUUUUGUUUGUGGGUAUGUCUGUCUUCUGUGUUUUCACCUUUUUCUUGUUUUUACAGGUAUAACUUUAAUUGUUUUGCUUAUAGUCAAUAUGUCUUAUGUACAGCUGCUUUGUAACAAUGAAAAUUGUAAAAAGCACUAUAUAAAUAAAGUUGAGUUGAGUUGAGAGUUGAGUCAUGUAAACAUGUUACUGCGAUUAAGUCCUUACUCUGAUUAUUGGAUAUAAUGGCAUUAUAGAUGCGCAUGUGAACUAGUCAGUGUCACAAACUGAGCUCAGAUUUGUCAACUCUGCAAUCAAAAGUUAAUAUUAUUGAAGAUUUCAAUGUAACCUCAAACAUUUCUCAUAUAAUACUCCAUACUCUUCGUGUAUUUUAACAAUUGCUUCAUUUGUUUCUGUUUUCAUUUCUCCUGAGCAAUUUCCGGAGAGACAUAGACUACUUAAAUGAAACACAACUAAGAACUCCAUCUUUUGAGCUAUGAAAGCGAAAUCAGAAUUCUGCCCUUUCUGACUAUUGCUAUUUAUGUGCAAUUUAAAAAAUCAUAAAUGUAUAAUAUAUAAAUGUCAUUGCAUGAAUGCUAUCAGGUUUUCACGUAAAUUCAUUCCGAAUUACAUAUGAGAAAAGCCUCUUACACAUUUCCAUUUUAUUGCAGUCCAUAAAAACCCUCUUCACGGGAGAUCUCUCAGGGAUAUGAACUGUUUUCUCCAGUGAGGUAAACUGUUGUUGUGCCUUUAGACAAGAUGCACGGUGGGAUACAAAAUGCUGCAUUGUGCAAAAUGGCCUAUCUCUCACUACAGUGUAACUGUGUUACCCAAUUACUCCCCCACUGGGAUUCAGCUUGCUUUAUAACAACCUUACUGAGUACAUCCAGUAUUUCUUGUGAUGAUAAACUAUUAUUUAAACUGUACGUGUAUGUUUGCAUUUCGUUUUAUCAAAGAAUUUGAUUGUCUGACUGUUAGGUAUGCGUGCAUCUCUGGGCCAGGUGUUGUAAAUUCAAUUGGCACCUUUAAAUUUGCCACUUUGAUCCAAACAGACAACUGUAAAAACCUUUGGGGGUAGACUGAUGGUAGUGUGUGUGUGCGUGUGUGUGUGUGUGUGUGUGUGUGCGCGUUCAUGUUUGUAUAUCCCGGUGGGGACCUAAACCUGAAUACACACCAACACAUGGGGACUCGUGUCACCGUGGGGACCAAAAUUGAGGUCCCCAGGGGCAAAAAAGCUAAUAAAUUGUACAGAACAAUAUUUUUUACAAAUCUAAAAAUGCAAAAAGUGUUCUAUGAUGUUUAGGUUUAGGGAUAGGGUUAGGGAUGCGUGUGCGUGUGUGUGUGUGUGUGUGAGAGAGAGAGAGAGAGAGAGUUAAUGUCCGUGUUAGAGCAGUGUAGACAGUUUGGAGGUUAUUUUGAAAGUGACCCCCUCACCGCCGCGGACCGCACACACACAGCUGUCGGGAACCAUGACACAAGAUGACGGAUACGGUUGUCGUAGAGGGACAAGUCAGACUCCGAGAGGGGAAAAAGGUGCUUAAACGCAAGUGGAAAAAUAGAUGGGUGAUUCUACGAAAACCUUCGCCUGUAGCAGACUGCCUGUCCCUGUUGGUGUAUAAGGAACGCGGAGAGAGAAGAAAAGGGCAGAGAGAGAGGAGUCAGGCAACGCUGAGGGAUAUCUGUGGACUUGAAGCUCUUCAGGGCUUUGAUGGAGUGAAUUAUGUGCUCAGUCUACUCUGCCUGAGCCAGUCUGUCAUGCUCGGCUUUGACAACAGAGUGACUCUUCUGGCCUGGGAAGCUCGUAUCCGCUACAGCCUUGGGGAAGUUCACAGGUUCAGCGUCGACGUUCAGCCUGGCACCAAACUAGAAAGUGGCCCCGCCUCCCUGCAUUUGUGCAACAACUUGCUUGUCAUUGCCAGAGACCUCCCCCCAACUGUCAUCGGCCAAUGGAAACUGUCAGACUUAAGGCGUUAUGGCGCCGUUCCUAAUGGAUUUGUCUUUGAGGGCGGGACAAGAUGUGGUUACUGGGCUGGUGUUUUCUUCCUGGCCUGUGCAGAAGGCGAACAGAUCAGUUUUUUGUUCGACUGCAUCGUUCAGGGCAUAUCGCCAAGCAGGGGGCCGUUUGGACUGCGUCCAGUCCUGCCAGACCCCAGUGCUAACCCAUCGUCUACAGAAGACAGGAUUAGCCAGGAGGCCAGUGAACUAGAGAAACGACUCAGUAUGCUGUCUAUAUGUAGCCAACACAGCAGUGCAGCCUCCAGCUUCAGUUACGGUGCCUCCUUGGCAGGAGACGAUAGAAGUAUCUCCAGCUCCUCCUCUGAGACCAGCCAUUCUGAUAACAGCCUGGGCAGUCGUCUGGCAAUAUGGUCCGAGCCGGUCAGACAUCCCACCCCUAUCGAACCUUCAUCAUCAUCAUUAGGGGCAACUGGACCCAAAAUCACAGCCUGUUCUGUCAGCACGUCCAGCGACGAGCGUCUGUACGGAGCGGUUAUGGGAGGACUCCGACCCCCAUCCAAGCCACCUCAACCUAGAGGCCUUCAAGAGGCGGGACGCCAGAACUCAACCGACAGCGGUAUCGCCACAGGGAGCCACUCGUCCUAUUCUGGAAGCUUCUCUUCUUAUACUGGUAGCAUGGAUAAUGGGCACGCAGAGACUGAUGAGUUUGGAUCCUUAAUAAGUCUUCCUCCAAACACAGUUUUGAACUCAAACACUCCAGUACGGUCCGUUACCCUCAUACCCGAGCACAUGUCAUGUGUGUGUCCGCACAGAGACCCUGGGUACCAGGUACCAAAUCAAGCUCUGCAGCAUUACGAUGUCCCACGUCGGCUAGCGCAAAAACACUCCUCCGAUCAGGAGCAGUGUUCGACUGCAGUCCAGGAACGGAGGCCUGAAAGGGGAGCUCUGGGACUAGAGGACAUCUCUGCAGACGUCUCUCUUAAACAGACUGUCCCACUGAGAUUCAACUGGUGUAGUGAAGGAGCAGCGCCCCCUGAAGGCUCAACAGCGCCAGAAUUACAGCCCGCCAUCUGUCCUGACUGUGGGGGAGGCAAGGUGGUGGAGAGGAGCAGGUGCGAGAUGAGAGGCAGUUCUGAACACCAGAAACCUUUUCAUGAAACUGACGCAGAUCCUAAAGGCAAUUAUGAGCAAAUGGCAUAUAUGACUGAUGCAUGCAGGUGGCCACAGUUCAGAGCAGGAGAGUAUGGAAGUAUGCGCAUUAGCCCCGGCGACAUGGGACUGACGGUUAUUGACAGACUUCAAGGUGAUUCUGCUAACUAUGUGAAUAUACCAGUAAGCCCUACAUCUAAACGACAGCUACACUAUAUAGAGUUGGAUCUGCAGGAUCGCCAGGAGUCAAGCCACACCGUGAGAGCAUCGAACUCGAGCACUAAAUAUGCACACAUUGACAUCACUGCUACAGAGACGGUACAGAGGGUGGGAGCCCAGCAUGCACAGGGCCGAGAGCAAAGACUACAGGAACUAGAACAGAAAAGAAGAGGAACUCUCCCCUGAACAUAAAACAAACAUACAGUCCAGUGGGGUUCAUGACAGUAUUUUGUGUAAAAUGUCAGCCCAUCAUAUACUGAAAUCUGUGUACAAAUACCGUUCAACUUGUCACAAUUGUUAUGCAGGUAUUAUCAUUUAUAAUGAACAUCCUCAAUAGAAGCAUUUUAAUAGUAGUCUCAGACUUUUGGACCCCACUGUACAUUUAUGCAGUGACCUUUUAAAUUUUAUGAAUUUAAAUAACAACACAGGUCUAUGUUUAACAAUGAUUGUAAUGAAUUUAUUUCUACAUUAUAUAAUAUGUGUCCUUUUGUGGAUGAAUGUGUUAUUGUCCCCGAUAUUUACAAUAGAAUUACAAAGGUUUUACUAAAUACAUAAACUUUUUUUUGGCUGUUGACAACUGUAAAUAUAUAUUUCCUUAAGUGACCAAUUUUACUCUGUGCAUUUACACAUUUAAAUAUUUCAUAAGAAACGUGCAUUUUUCAGAUAUUAUUUUC